AUGCUCGAAACGGACGAUCUGGAAAUGAUCAAACUUGCCGAAUUUGGUGUCUAUCUUGGGCUGGAACUGGCAAGGAGCAUCACACGGAAAAACGAGGUGAAUACUGAAGCGAGUAUCGGCUAG